AUGGAAAUAGAAUGGGCGAACGUGCUGAAGAAGAAAGGGAGUGGGAAACACAUGAUGAUCAAGUUGUUUUACCAGUGGGUAUGCUCGACCAAUCAAACCAACACCACCCUGGUUCACAACCCAGUUGUGGCCCUGAACGUGGACAGACAUAGGCACUCUCAGGCUAAAAAUGUCUUAGAAGAUUACUUUAUCUCAAAUUUGUUGUACUAUAGUGUUGAUUUUCGAGGGCAAUAUAGACUACAUCCUUAUUUGUUUAGGAAAAUCAUGCAUGAUGUUGCAAUUACGACGAAUACUUCAUUCAGAAGUAUGAUGCUGCCCGGGUUUCAGGUGGAUGAGAUUGCUAGGAUAAGGAAAUCAACUAUCCUAGAGUGCUUGGUCAGAUUUUGUGAUGUAAUCGAAACUCUUUACACAAAGGACUACCUCUGCAAAUCUAUGUCUAGGGACCUCAAAGGGCUUCUACAAAUAGUCGAAGCUUGA